UUUUUUUUCAGAAAAUUAUGUUACUCGGUCCUUUAAACAAAAAUGUUGCUUCUUCCUCCAAUUAUUACAAUUCUUUUGCAUUUCCAUACACAACAACUGAAACAACACAACAACAAGCUCCUGUAGCUCUCAUCAAUUUUAGAUUGUUGCUUCCUUUGUUGCCUUUUCCCUUGUUGUUGUUAGUUUUAUUGGUUAUUUUGCCUGGAAUUCGAGAACAACGAUUAAUUUCUUUGUUAGCUAUUGGAUCACAAUUGUGUGUUGGGACUUUACUUAUUGGUUCAAUAACUCUUCCAUACUGGAAAUUGUCAGAAACAAGAGAAAUUCUUGUACAUUUACAACCAUUUUCCAAACAACGUCAUUUACUCAAUAUUGGAGUUAAUGUUGGUUUAAGUGCUUUAAAUAUUUCUCUUGAUUAUGUAAAGCCGUUUGAUGGACGUUUACCUCAUCCAAGAUCCUUGGCAAGUUUACACUUAAAUGAACAAUUUGAUCUGUCUGGCGUUUCUUCAAUGAAAACUGAGUUGUUUAAAGCUUAUAAAGAAGGACAACCAUUUCCUGUUUUGUGUGUUUUGGAGUAUUUUUCAUUGGGUCAAGAUGCUUUUUCUUGGGGAAAUCAAUUUAGAAAAGCUGGGUAUUAUACAAAAGCUUUACUUUGGUUUACUUUUGGAUGUUGGUUAUUACAAUUUAUUUUACUUCCAUUUCUUCCACAUUAUUUUGCUAAAACUGGACUUUUAAUUGGUUUUUUAAUUCUAUUGUCUAACAUGCUUUAUAUUUUACUUUCUCCAAAUGAUUUACAUAUUGCAUUUCCUUCACCAAAUGGUCAUUCCAACUUUACACAAUUUCGAUUUGGAAUUUGUUUUUGGAUGAAUGUUAUUGCUGGUUUUGUUGCUCUAUUCUUUGGUGUAUUGUUUUCUCUUCUUCAAUUCUUUCAACUAUAUACACUUUCAACAUUUCUCGAUUGUUCUCUAGAUGAAACUGUUUGUCCAAUAAAAUAUAAAUUUGGAGGAAAAUGUGAAGAACUUUUAAAAAAUUCAAUAAAAAAUCAACAACAAACAUCAACAGAUUUAUGUGUUGGGGAAGAAUCUUCAUUAAAAGAAGCUUGUUCAUUACAACAUUCACAAUCUUCUGGGAAAUUGUCUAUUGCAAGUUCUGUUUCUUGUCUUUCUGUUGCAAGUUCAGUUGGUUCGUUUGUUAAUAUUGCUAUUACUAAUAAUAAUACAAAUAAAUAUACAAAACAACAACAACAAAAACAAAAUAAAGAUGAAAAUGUUGGUGAUGAGAAAAAUCAAAAAAAUGAGAAUAAGGAUGAGGUAAAUUUUAUUUAUACUAAAAGGGGUUAG